AUGGCCGAGAAGCAGGCCCACGCCGGCCCUCCGGCGUAUGCAACGUCGGCGCCCGAGAUCCAGACCGACAGCAAGGACGUCAACGCUGCCACGACCACGGCCAAGGCCGCUGACCGCCCGAGCAGCCUCCAUGCACAGUCGGCGGGCGUCACGCGCAUGGAGGCGCUGGCGGCCGUGCUGACGCGCACCGACCGCGUCUUCUUGUUCUUUGGCGUGUUCCUGGUGGCGUACGCCUACGGGCUCGACGGCACGGUGCGCUACACGUUCCAGACGUACGCGACGGCGUCGUACGCGCAGCACUCGCUGCUGGCGGCCAUCAACGUGCUGCGGUCGGUGAUUGCGGCGGCCGCGCAGCCGACGGCCGCCAAGGUGGCCGACAUCUUUGGCCGCGUCGAGCUGGUGCUCGUGUCCAUUGUCUUUUACGUCGUGGGCACCGUCGUGCAGGCGUCGUCGAGCGGCGUCAGCGCGUUUGCGGGCGGCGCCGUGCUCUACCAGAUCGGCUACACGACCGUGAUCCUGCUCGUCGAGGUCAUCGUGGCUGACCUGACGUCGACGCGCGCGCGCCUGCUCUUCUCCUACAUUCCGGCGCUGCCGUUUGUCAUCAACACGUGGAUCAGCGGCAACGUGACGUCAAGUGUGCUGGCGGCCACGACAUGGCGCUGGGGCAUCGGCAUGUGGUGCAUCAUCUACCCCGUCUGCUGCGUGCCGCUGCUGGCGACGUUGCUGGCCGUCGGCCGCCGCGCCCGGCGCCGCGGCCUCGUCAGCCCUUACGCGCAGGCGCUGCGCGCGCAGCAGGGCACGCGCGGGUUCGUCGUCGACCUGUUCUGGCGCCUCGACGCCGUCGGCAUCGUGCUGAUGGUGGCCGUGUUUGCACUCAUCCUCGUGCCCCUAACGCUGGCGGGCGGCCUCACGGCGACGUGGCACGAGGCGCACAUCAUCGCGCCGCUGGUCGUCGGCUUUGUCUGCAUCCCCGUCUUCGUCGCGUGGGAAACCCGGGCGCCGCACCCGCUCGUGCCGUUCGCGCUCAUGAAGGACCGCGGCGUCUGGGCGCCGCUCGGCAUCGCGCUGCUGCUCAACUUUGCCUGGUACAUGCAGGGCGACUACCUGUACACGGUGCUGUUUGUCGCCUUUGACUUUAGCGUCGCGGCCGCCACGCGCAUCACGUCGCUCUACUCCUUCUGCAGUGUCGUCACCGGCUUCCUGCUGGGCCUCGUCGUCUUCAAGGUCCGCCGCCUCAAGUACUUUAUCCUCGCCGGCACCGUGCUCUUCCUCGUCGCCUUUGGCCUGCUCAUCCACUACCGCGGCUCGACGACUGCGUCCGCGUCCAGCCGCGCCGGCGUCAUCGGCGCCGAGGUGCUGCUGGGCAUCGCCGGUGGCCUGUUCCCCUACCCGGCGCAGGCGUCCCUGCAGACGUGCCUCAAGCACGAGAACCUCGCCGUCAUGACGGGCCUCUACCUCGCCACCUACAACAUCGGCUCCGCCCUCGGCAACACCGUCAGCGGCGCGCUCUGGUCGCAGGUGCUGCCACGCACGCUCGAGCACAACUUGGCCCCAAUCAACACCACGCUCGCCGCCGUCGUCUACGGCGACCCGCUCUCCGCCGCUGCCGCCUACCCCGUCGGCACCGUCGAGCGCACCGCCAUCAUCGAGUCGUACCAGCACGUGCAGCGGCUGCUGACCAUCACGGGCAUCGCGCUGUGCGUGCCCAUCAUCGGCCUCGCCCUGGCGCUGCGCAACCCCAAGCUCAACGACGAGCAGACGCUGGCCAAGAGCGAUGACGACGAUUCCAAAAUCACCCGUCGGGUUGAACAUGUCGACGGCCGCGCCGAACCGCUUGACCAGGCCGCUCGCGUCCAGCUGGAACUCGGCCUUGACCAUGGCGUCGGGGACCGUGGCGUGCCGGAAAAGGUACAAGCCCGCGACAAAGUAGUCGGCCGUGACGUGGUCCAGCAGCAAGCGCACGGGGAGGGCGCCGGUCACGUCGGCGCGCAGACGGGGCGUCGCCUUGUCGUUGUCCUUGCCCUUGUCGGUGUCCACGCUGACAACGACGUCCGGACACGCCGGGUGGGUGUAGACGUCGGCGUAGUCCUGCAGCCGCGGCAGCGACAAAGGCUGCGGCGGGGCAGCGACAAGGGCCGCGGCGGGUCGGGGACGGUCGGGUACAGGCGCGUACGCGAGCCCGCGUGGCGCGCCUGGCGCCAUGCCUGCUUCGCCUGCGCGUCCUCGUGCACGUCGAGGCGCGCGGCCGCGGGCACGCCCAGCCGCUCGUCCACCAGGUGCCACGCGAUGGCUUCGCGCCCGGGGCUGUCGGCGUUGGCAAACACGACGACGGCCCAGUCGCGCGCGGGGACGCACACCAUGGUGGCCGUCAUGCCCUCGACGCCGCCCGGGUGCAGCAUCACGUCGUCGCCGCGGUACGUCGACAGCAUCCAGCCGAGCGAGUACGUCAUGGGCUGGGUGAGCUGCGGCUGCGCGCCCGGCGGGCAAAAGGCGCGCGGCUGCCGCAGCGCCGCGUGGCCGGCCGCCGAUAGGGGCGCCGUACGCGGCGUAGUCCUCGACGGUCGAAAUGAUGGCGCCGGCGCCGCCCAGCACGCCGUCAAAGUAGGGGAUGGCGCGGUGCUGGCCGGCCGCUUCGUCCCAGGCGUAGGGCACCGCCAACGUCGCCGUCGCCCUGCUGCCAUUGGUGUCAUUGGCGCCGUCCGCUACAAACGCCUGCGCCUCGGCCAGCGUCCAAAACGUCGACAUCAUGCCCAGCGGCGUCCAGAGCCGCUCCUUCAUAAACGCGCCCAGCGUCUGGCCCGUCACCACUUCGAUCAUGUGCCCCACCGCAAUGAACAUGCCGUUGCAGUACUGCCACGCCGUCCGGAUCGGCUGGGUCAUGGCGCAGUGGUGCAGCGAUCGCACGUAGUCGCGGAUCGCCGUCGGCGACGACCGCCUACGCCCAAUCGUCAGCUGGUGCGUCGCCAGCCCCGUCCGGUGCGACAGCGCGUCCUCCAGCGUCACGUGGGCCGUGCCGUACGCGUCGGCCAGCACAAAGUCCUCGCGGAUCAGCUCGCUCAGCGGCGUCGUCCACUGCACGCGCGCACGCGCCUCCGUCGUGUCGUCGUCGACGAGCAGCGACGCCGCCGCCGCCGUAAACGACUUGGUCGUGCUGCCGGCAAAAAACAGCGUCGACGGGCGGACGGGCACGUCGGGCAGCGCGGCCAUGCCGUAGCCCGCGGUCCACGUGUCGUCGCCGUCUACAACCGCCACGGCGACGCCCGGAAUGUGGCAUCUGUCGAGCGUGUCGCGGACCAGCUUCUCAAAGGCAGCGUUGAGGGGAAACGUCUUUGUCUCUGUCUUGGUCGGUGGUGUGUCCGCUUCGCCAGCAAUGCGAAGAGGGACGCCCUCCGUCGGAUCUGUUUUGACUUUUGUGUCAGCCACGUUGGCCUUUGUCGAUGUCGUUGGUGGUUAAUGGAAUGA